CCUAAACUACUGGUAUUUUCUCCAUAUCUUUCACCCUGCAAGACCCAUUCUCUAUAGAUGGAGGAAUUCUGAUCACCCUCAACAGCCUGACCCUGCCAGACUAGCGUGUGUUGCCCCGCCUUGUCCCGGCCCGUUCCAUAAAAGACAGACUUUGGAACCUGCAAAGCCCCUGUUUCCUGCAUUUCAACAAGGAUUGCGCUUCUUUGUUUUCUUUCACAAUGUGCAACGACAACACCGUUCAGGUCAUUACUGACGCAGACCUGGUCGCUGGCACCUCCGAUGCCGAUUCCACCGUGGGUUCCCUGGUCGGAAGCGAUCUGACCUCGGUCAAUUCGAGUGUGUUGGAUUAUACAUACGAGAAUGGCCGUCGAUAUCACGCCUUCCGGAAAGGAGCUUAUUUGAUUCCCAACGAUGAAGACGAACAAGACCGCAUGGACCUGCUCCAUCACAUCUACGGCCUGGUGCUUGGUGGUGAGCUCAACCUCGCCCCGAUCAAGGAUCCUCGACGUGUGUUGGAUAUCGGUACUGGAACGGGCAUCUGGGCCAUCGACUUUGCCGACCAGUACCCAAACGCAGAAGUGAUCGGGAAUGACCUCAGUCCUAUCCAGCCCAAAUGGGUCCCCCCCAAUCUCGCGUUCGAAGUCGACGACUACGAAUCCGAAUGGCUGCACACCCGUCCGUUCGACUUCAUCCACGGGCGCGAGCUCGCGGGCGCCAUCAAGGACUUCCCGCUCCUGGCACGACGGACCUUCGACGCCCUCUCCCCCGGCGGCUUUCUAGAAAUGCAGUCGCUGCGCAUCGAGUGCUUUUCCGACGACGGCUCGCUCGACAAGGCCCCCUUCACCAAGCAGAUGGUCGAGCUCAUCCAGGAGGCCAGCAUCAAGUUCGGCAAACCCAUGGCCGACAUGGACACCUGGGCUGACGCCCUCCAGGAUGCCGGGUUUGUCGACGUCGUCUGCAAGAUCAUCAAGGUCCCCAUCAGUCCCUGGCCGGCCGACCCCAAGAAGAAGGAGAUCGGUCGCUAUUUCCAGGUGCAGCAGCAGCAGGGCAUCUCCUCGUAUGUGCCCGGCUUGCUGACCAACGUCCUCGGCUGGUCCAGCCUCGAAGUCGCCGUCCUCCUGGCCAAGGCUAAUAGCGAACUCCUGGACCUCUCGGUUCAUCAAUACGGCAAGCUCUAUGUCGUCUAUGGUCGCAAGCCCUGAUACUGUCUUUCAACUGUUGUAGUACAUAUUACAUACCUCCAGAGUCUGAUUUCGUAUUGUUUAUAGUAGCGUAAAUUAGUUGAAUGAUUGAUAAUGAGAUCUCC